AAUUCACAGCGAGCGGCUUCGGAAGCCACUCCGCACGCUAUCUCCGCCUAUAUAUACACCCACAAUCAUGAACCACCAUGAUUUCAAUUCGUCUAAUCCAUCCUUACUUCAUAAACCAAAAUGUCGCUGCCGGCUAAUUUAGCACCUGACGCGGCGAGCCCAGAAUGGCUGAACAAAGGCGACAACGCGUGGCAGCUAACAGCAGCGACUCUGGUGGGCCUCCAGAGCGUACCGGGCCUGGUUAUUUUGUACGGGAGCAUCGUUAAGAAGAAAUGGGCCGUGAACUCAUCCUUCAUGGCCCUAUACGCUUUUGCGGCCGUGCUUGUUUGCUGGGUCGGGUGGGGCUACAAUAUGUCAUUCGGUAAACACUUCAUACCAAUACUCGGGCGACCCGAAGCGUCGCUGGACCAGAAGUUUCUGCUGCAGCGGGCUUAUGCUGGGUAUUUACCGAACGCGACGGUCGUUUACUUCCAGUUCGUGUUCGCGGCGAUAACGUUGAUUUUGAUUGCUGGGGCUUUGCUUGGGAGGAUGAAUUUUCAUGCGUGGAUGUUGUUUGUGCCACUUUGGUUGACCUUCUCCUAUACGAUUGGAGCUUACAGUAUAUGGUGUCCGGGAGGGUGGUUGUUUAAGAAGGGUAUUAUCGACUACGCGGGUGGGUUUGUGAUUCACUUGUCUUCUGGUGUGGCUGGGUUCACUGCGGCUUUUUGGGUGGGACCAAGGGCAAACAAGGACAGAGAGAGGUUCCCACCAAACAAUAUCCUGCUGAUGCUGGCAGGAGCGGGCUUACUGUGGAUGGGAUGGAGUGGAUUCAACGGCGGUGGUCCCUAUUCAGUCAACACAGACGCAUCUCUGGCCGUCCUUAACACCCACGUGUGCACUGCCACCAGUCUGCUCACUUGGCUGCUCCUUGACAUUCUCUUCUUUGGAAAACCCUCUGUAAUUGGUGCCACACAGGGCAUGAUCACUGGCUUAGUUUGUAUUACACCUGCAGCAGGUAAUAAUUCAAUCUAUCUGCUUGUGAGCAAAUGGAAAUAUACACCUUUAACUGACUCCGAGGACUUUUGUCGAACAGGUGUUGUGCAAGGAUGGGCAGCCAUUAUAAUGGGAAUGAUGUCAGGCAGUAUCCCAUGGUACACAAUGAUGGUCCUCCAUAAGAAGCUCUGGAUACUCAAGCAAAUCGAUGACACCAUGGCCGUCUUCCACACCCACGCAGUGGCCGGAUCUUUAGGUGGCAUCCUCGCCGGCUUCUUUGCCGAGCCCAAGCUCAACCGCAUCUUCUACUCGGUCGACGAUUGGGAGCACUACAUCGGCCUCGGCUACGGCCUCCAGAGUGGUCAUAUCGGCGCUGGAUUCAAACAAAUGGGCAUUCAAUUGAUGGGGAUUAUGUUUAUCGUCGUUGUCAAUGUUAUCACGACCAGCCUUAUCUGUUUGUUGAUCAGGUUUGUUGUUCCGCUGCGAUUGAGUGACGAUGAAUUGCAAACUGGAGAUGAUGCGAUUCAUGGAGAGGAAGCUUAUGCUCUGUGGGGUGAUGGAGAGAAGUUCGAGUCGAAGCACACUUCGACUUAUGGUGUUGAAGAGUUCUCUCACAUGGCCUCGAAAAGUGAAGUUGAAAUGGCUUGAUUUGGGUUCUGUUGUGAAUUCAGUCGGUCUUCCCUUUUUAUUUAUAGGAGAUUAUUGAGCUUUUGGCUUGACUUUGACACUGGACUACUGUAAUAAGAGCUGCAUCGUAAGAAAUGUGUUAACUAAUAAAUGAAAUUAUGA